AUGAAGGCCAGUUAAUUAGCAGAAAAGAGAAAAUAGAUUGAAGAAUCACUUCAACGAAAUGAUAGAGAUAGGAAAAAUUUUAUCGAAAAGAAUCCUUAGUUCUUAAACGAGUCAGAGGGCUCAUCCAGUUAAAUUUCAGAAAAUAUUUCUUCUCCAAGUUUGAAGAAUGAAAGCGAGUUAUUUAAUUAAUAGAUGCAAAAGUUCAAUUCUAUUAGCCCAAAUUUAAAUAAGAAGCAUUAAUAGCUUGUAAACAAGCAAAAAACAGGAUAAUUUGAAGAUAAUGAUGAAUCUAUUCAUGAAUUAAUAGAAGAACAUAUUUUAAGCAAAAAUGAUAGAAAUUUUAGCAUGGAAAGCUCAUCAGAUUUAGAAUACUCAUAAUCACAUUAAAUAAUGAAGAAAACAAGCAACUCUGUUCUGAAAAAGUAAAUUAUGAAUAACUCAAGUGGAGUGGAGGAAUUUUCUUUUUAAAAUAAUUUCGGAAUGGAAAAUAGUAAUAUCAAGAUAUCUAACAUCUUUACUAACAACAAUAGUAACAAUAUCAUGAGCAAUAAUAAUUUAUAGUCAAUUUUUAAAUCAGAUAAUCAAAACAUUUAAAUUAAUAAUAACUUUUAAAAUGAAAAUACAAAUUAUGACAACUAUUUUGGAGAAUAAAAAGCUUAGCGCAAUUAAAUUUAUGCUAAUAAGCAAGUAGAUAAUAUAUUAGUUAGCCAAAAAGACAGUGAAGGUCUUCAAAGAAUCGAAGAAGAAAGAAAUUCUCAAUAAAAUUUUUAUAGCAAUUAGUACAACUUUGGUAGUUAAACUUAAAAAACAAAUCAACUAUAUCAGCUUUCUUCCUCUUCUUCACAAAAAGGUACUAUAAAUUAUGAAUAGAUUACUAAUUCUUUGUAAAAUAACAAUAAUAUUCAGAGAUUAAAUCAACCUUUUGUGUCAAACAACUCAAACAACAGUGAAAAUAUAAAUGUAAUAAAUUACUCAAAUUAACAGUAUCGUUAACCAUAGUGGAUACUAAGCUAAAGUUUAUACUAAUAGCAACCAUCUGUCUAGCUAGUUAAUCCUCCUUCGUUGCAUGAUAAUUCUUAAUAGUCAUCAUUUCACCUUCAUAAUAACUUACAAAACAAUAAUUCUUCAGUAGUUAGCUCUAGUGUAAGAGCACACUUUCCUUUUAAUCAACCCUCAUAGAAUUAACAAUAUUUGUUUAGUGGAUAGAAGGACUAUGAAUUUUUCAGGUUGAAUAGAGAUAAUUAAGAACCUGAAUUUAAUUCUGACAUGAGAUAGCAAUAUGAGAAGAUUUAUGAAUUGCAAGCCUCUCCAAAUAAAAAUGAAAAUAUUUCAAAAAUAAACUAAGCAUCUCCUUAUCAAAAGUACUCUCAAUAUUAAUAUGAAAAACAGUAAGCUUCUUUGCAGUAUUAAAAGAUGGUAAAGGAACAAAGAAUGAAUUCUAUUUAAAACUCAGAAAAGUCUAAUAAAAGCUUUUAAAAUACAUUUCAAUCCAAUGAUAAUUCUCGUUUGAUAUCUAAAAAUUUAUUAGAUAAAUCUCCUUAGAGACAUUAUGAUUCAGUUAGAACUGUGAACAGCAAAUUUGAGAGUUAAAGAAAUAAAUUCGAGAGAGAUUUAGAAAAUCAUAUUAGAAAAUAUUCUCCUCACUCAAGACCUACUACUUAGGAGUUAGAAAAUAGUUUAAAAGAAGAGCUAAGAAGCUCAAAAGUUUUAUAAAUUAAUCAUUUAUAAGACAUUUAUAAUUCAUACAAGUUUGGGGAGAAUAGUUCAGCUUACUCCUCUUCUUCUGAAGAGAGCUUGUAAUAAUCAUUAGGACAGAGCAUCAAAUUAUAGAUUCAAAAAGCCUUAGCUAAAUAAAAUGGAGUAUUAUACGAUGAUUACGACAAUUAAUAUUAAAAUGAUAAAAAAGCAAAUUAGCAAAAAUUUCACGACCAUAAAUUAGCACAGCAAUAUACUUCAAAUUAAAGUGAUAACUCUGUUAAUUCUAAUCCUCUUUUUGUUCACUAGCUUGAAGAGGAUAUGGAGUUAAUGAAAACAUAAGUAGUUCCUAAAGACUAAAUAAUUAUUGAAGAUAAAGAUGAUUUUUAUGAUGAGAAUGAGAACUUAAGUGAUUAAGAAUAAGAUAAGGAAUAAUUCGAAGUUUAAAUUUAAGAAAACAGUAAUGAUAAUAAUGCAAAGGAAUAUGAUGAGGCUGGUUAGCACUCACAUUCUUUAGAGCAUUAAAGCGAGUAGCAUUCACUGUAAGAUAUCCAAAUAUCUUCUAAUAAAAAAACUUAAAAUAAAUACCCAUCUCUCUAUCAUAUAGAUUAAGAUGAUAACAAAAAUAAGAAAAGCUAAGCUUUAAAAAACAAAAGUAUGGCUGAUUUUCAAAAUUAUUAAGGGAAUGAAGUUAAUCCUAAAGAUUGGAGGAAAUAUAACUUGCUAAAUGAAUAAUAAUAGCAACCUAUUGAAGAAGCUAAUGAUGACGAAAAUAUGUAUAAUAUAAGAGAUGAAGAAGAAGAAUAAAAAUUUUAAAAUUAAUAAGCUGAUGAAGAGUUAAAGACAGACUCUCAAAUUUUUAAUCAUGGCUUUUCAAAUUAAAUGAUAUAAAACCAUGAAUAAGAGCAAAAAUAAGAAGAGUAGGAAUUAACAUAAGAGCAGCUUUAGUAUCUAAAUGAUUUAGAUGAAAAUAAGCUUUUGGAUUGGAUUGAUGAACUUUUCUAAGCAGUUAACAAGGAGAAAGAAAAAAAAGAAGAUGAGGAAAGAAAGCAUCAAUAUGAAUUAAUUUAGUUAAGAUUAAUGAAUUUAAUUCCUUAGGAUUAAGAAUUUUUAUUGGAUCAAGCUUAGAGAGAUUAAAAAUUUCAAGAAAAAAUAGAAGAAUUAAUGAAUAUAUAAAAAUUGUUUGUUUAAAUAUUAAUCCAAAAACAAGGCUAGCAGAAAUCUGAUUAAAUAGAAGAUAUUUCUCCUGAUGACUAUGAAGGGGAUAUUUAAAAUCUACUUACUUAGCUCAAGUAAUUAGAUCAGAAAUUGUAGGAGUUAGUUAACUAAAGAUAAGCAAGAAAUACAAAAAAUAUGCUUUCAUCAAAGAAUUAAAGCUAAUCUGAUAGCAAAUUAAUUGAUAAUUAUGAAAAAAAUAAAGAUGUUAAUCAUGAGAAUAUAUUUGAUUAAAGUCGUAAACAUUCUACAGCAUAAAAAUCAUUAAUGGAGCUUGGGGACUAUAUUUAAAAGUAAAAUCAAGAAUAUAUUUAGAAUGAAUCUGAUUUCAUGAACAUGUUUAAUCCUAAUGAAUUGAACAACAAUAAUAACCAAGGUUAAUAUUUAGAAUUGAAUGAAGGAUCAUAAAAUUAGUUAGCUAACAUAAGUUAAAAAAGCUUGAGACAUUCCUAAUAGACCCUUUAAUAAAUUUAAGAAGGAUAUUAGGAUGAAUAAUAAAUAGACUUGGAUGAAUAAUAAAUAGAUUAGGACGAAUAAUAAAUAGAUUAGGAUGAAGACGACAAAAUAACUCAUGAGGAUUUGCUAAAAAUUAUGGAUAACAAAUUUAAUCAAAAUUAAUCUCAUGAAAAUCUGCCACCUAUCAACUCUAAAUCGAAACUUUAAGCUCCUCAAACAAAUAAAUUAGAGGAGAGUGAAGUAAAUGAAGAGUUAGAAAAAGAACUUUAAGAAAUUCGUUAAAAGGCUUAGUUAAAAAAAGAAAUUCAAACUAUGCUUAAAGACAAGAGUGAUAUAAUUGAAAAAUUUAAAUACAGGUUGGAAAUGAAAUUAAAUAACGAAGAAGAUUAGGUAGGUAAUAAGGGAAAGAAGUCAGCACUUGAUGAAGUUGAUUUAUCCUUUUAAAGUGAGAUGAAGUAUGAAGAAAGCUUGAAGCACUCUUCUUUAUAUAAAGACUCUAAAAAAUAAAAUAGUUAGAAGCGAAAACCAAGUGAUGAUAAUAACAGCGAAAGAAGUGCUCCUGCCAUUAUAAAUAAUAAGUAUGAAAUAUAGGAUGAAAAUGAAAAAUCAGAUCUUGAUAAAACUCUUCAAGAGAAGUUAAAACAUGAAUUAUUCUUAGACCUUGAAAAUUUUAAAAAGAGCGACAUUUUUAAAAACCUCUAUCACAGAAAGUUGAAAGAUUUAAUUAAUUCUUAUGUAAAUAUGAACAUAAAGUAAUAAGUGAGAGAUAUGUGUAGGGUUAUGAAGGUUAUGCAAAAUGCAAAGCUUUUUUACUAAAAUAAGCAAGAAAAUAUAAAACAAAAUUGCUUUAAUGUAAUAAAAUGGUACAGUGAUUAUUCCAGAGUUAAAAAUAAUCGUAAAAUAUAAAUUGAAUAAAACAUGAAAGUCAAAAAUAUGGAGCUUAAAACUAUUGCUUUUGCUAAAAUUAAAAAAUUCUGUGUUCAGCACAAGAAAUGGAUAGAAGCAAUUCAUGAAAAUAAUAAAAUGAUGAAGAUAUACAAAGUAUAUACCGAAUGGAAGAAGAUAGUCAACUACAAAGCAAUGAAGAGACAAGCUGAUCUUUACUAUAAAAAUACCCUUUUCUAAAAAUUCAAGAAUAAGAUCAAUGAAGUUAAGAAUUCAGUUGAUGUAAGAGCUCUAAUGCACUAUUCAAGCAAAUUAUAAAACCAAUUCUUUACUUUGUUCUGCUCAACAGCAUAGACACUAAGAAAAAAAAGAUUAGGCCUAAAUUAAAAAGUAAACAAAAUAAAUUCGUAGCUUCUCUCUAUUACAUUUUCAGAGUGGAAAAAGUACACAUAAGCCAAAAAAUAAGAGAAAAAUGAUUAUAUAUCCAUAUAAAUAUGUAUUAAAGAUACUAUCUCUAAGCCUAAAAUUUAGCCAAACUAAACCUUACAAGACUAUAAAAAAGCUCCAAUAACUACAUAAAAAACAAUUAAAGUUAUAAUGCCACCUGAUUCUGCUUUUAAAUGA